AUGACACAUCCCGCGAUUCCUCCCUCGCCCGAGACCGUCUGUCUGCGGCCGUUAUGUCCACGCAACCUGGACGAAGCCUGGCUGGGCGAGCGCUGGGUUGACGCUGCCGUCUUUGCCCGCCAACAGCAGAAGUCAGCAAAGGACAAGAAGGACAAGAACUACUACCACGUUGUGGAGCUGGCUGCCUGGGCCCAUGCACCAGACGAACGUGGCAUCAAUGGCCGUAUCGCGGCCAAGGCGGCCGUGGAAGACAUGGCUAAGCAGAACACCCCUAUCGAUGAUGCAGCUUGUCUUGAUCUCUACGAGUUUGCAUGCUCUAAGGUUGCCCUCGACUACAGCGAGACCAUUGGGCUGCUUCGGUCGAGAUUCGUCAAAGCUCAACCCAAACUCAAAGCCUCGGCUCUCCGCUGCUUCGAUGCUUGCCUCUGGCAUCUUGACUGGGAGAAUGCUCAGCAGAUUGCGGCUUUGCUCGACAAGAAGUUUUCGGAGGACCGCAAGUUUCUAUUUCGAAACAUAUUGACCACAUAUCUUGCCGCGUGCACUGAACGCUGCCCUGACAAUAAGAAACAAUUAUUCCUGAGCCUGGCAAAGGCUCAAGCCGAUAGGGCGUUCGAUCUUCAUGCGAAGGUGAAUGUGGAUGGUCAGGAUUUGCACCCUAGAGCCGUCACGAACGAGACGGAACAUCUCAUGUGGUGUGAGCUACGCAUCCUAUGUGCUAAGCCAGAGGACAACCUGAAGCUCUUCACAUCCUCCAAGUCUGGUCCACUUGCCUUCCUUGAACAUGGCUUUGACCGAUCUUAUCACCAGACUAUGCAUUAUCUACAUAAGUCUGGUGCAUGGGCUGAACUGUUCGAAAUUGGACAGACAGUCGCCGGACGAUCUGUAGCUAUAUAUCAAGAGGAAGGGAAGGCCUAUGCAGAAGCCGUACGGGCUAUUCACCAGAACCGAAAGGACGGCGAAGAUGAAUCAACAACCGAAAAGGAGAAGGAACGGAAAAGAGCAGAAGUCAUCCAGAAGUCUCGAGCUUCUCUGAGUACUAAAGACCGACGGUAUGAGGAGGUGUGCUGUGACUACUUCCUCUGGAAAGCUAUGGUCGUCGCAGCCAAGCACCAGUCUGAUACCAACCAGAAGCUUGAAGAAACUCGCCAGCUGGCUCAAACAAUGCUGGAAGCCAAACAGCAGGCGGAGGGCAAAGUGAAGUCUGUCUUUCGGAAGAAUUUCCAUCUUCUAACACUAGAGAUCUUGUUUGCUCGGGCUUCCGAGACCGAUGAGGAACUUGCCGAUGGAUCGGAGCAGACAACCCGGGUCGAGCGCCUCGAGAAGUACAUCGACACGUACUACAAGGACCGGUCUUGCUUUGAUGAUAUCAAGCCGUUUUUCUCGAGCCUCAGCAAAGACGAAGCGGCUAUAUUUCUCAAGUCGCUAGGCACUAGUGGUGAUAAGAACGCCGAUAACUUCAAGGGCUUGAUGAUACUCUCAAUGAGGCUCAAGCUCCGUUUUCUGCAGGCCACAUCAGCUUCAAGCGGCGAGAAAUGCGAUUAUUGCUCCGAGAUUUGCCAAGAUACCAACUGUACGGGCUGUCUUAAGUCAAUUGCUAAGGGUGCGCUUGACAACUUCAGUUCCGGUAUAAAGGAUGCAGAUCUCCUCAGGGAACUGCAGGACACACAAGAUGAUCCGCUCUCGGAUAUGACGAUGAUCGGGUCUGUAUGCCUCCUGAACCUCGCAGGAGUUGGCCGCGGAUGCUGGGACCAAGGAGCAAGCUCGCCAUUCUAUGAGACCGACACCCAAUACUUCUUGCAGGCAGUUACCUGGGUGGAAUUAUAUGUGCGCAUGAUCCCAAGGAACGACCCUCUUCGUAUGUUGCUUGUCAAGCUGUACCUCUUGAUGGGUUGCGUAUCAAGGGCCAAAAUUCUAUGGGACAGCUUCGGCGUCAAGAAUGCCAUCGUCAACUCUCUGGGCUCAUUGUUCUUCGAUCGCCUGUCGACGAUUUCUCCCCGGGAUUUCGUCAAUAGCAUCACUCCAACGGACAAGAUACUCCGGGUUUUCUCGAAAGCGAUCAGAAAAGACUUUCCAAACUCGAUACGGCAAUCUCUCCAGUACGACAACUACUGGAGCGUGGCCAAAAUCACUAAGUCUGGGGAAGAUCUUUCUCGUAGCUGUGCUUUAGUGAUGGCCGUGGUGGAAGGACGGCGAGGCCUACGUUUGGGCAGUGAUAAAGGUGGUGCUGUCAUCGAUGACGAGCCUCUCAUCCGAAACCACGCUCUUGAGCACCAGCUUAUCGACAGUACCGACUACAGCUAUCUGCCCGACUUUGGGGGACCCAACUCCAAGCCUACCAAAGAGCUGCUCAGCUAUGGACCACCUCCAUCGCAUGAACGCUCGCACCUUUCGAUACUUGCAGAACGCUUUCUCGACUUUGUGUCUUGUGCACAGCCGAGAGAUUACAAGCCACCCAAAAAGGGUCUGGCUCUUCAGUUCAACUGGGACUAUGCCGUCACGACUUGCAAGCAAAUAGAGCAGGGGAUCGGUGUUGUUCUGCCGGCCGCUUCCAAGGACCACCUAACAGGUGCAGAGCGCUGGUACUAUAGCGUGGUACUGAAACUUGCGGUGCUUGUGCGAACCAUCCUCGACAAUGCUAUCACGACUCGCUCAACGGGUCAAGUACAAGAGACGGUCCGUUCUAUCAUUGUGGGCUUGCUCGAUACGUUCGAGACGCAAACAAAUGACCUCGUCAGUGUCCCCAACGAUGCCCAAGCCAAAAUCCAGACUGUCUAUGGUGCAGCUCCUGUUCAUGCCAUGGGUAUGGUUCGCGAAUCGACCCAGGCUAUCAAGCACACCGUUCGCUAUGUAACGGCCGCCGUGGAUAGGAUCAAAGCUACCGACAAGACUAGAGGAGCAAGCGAGGCUGCGUGGCUGGGACCGGAAUUGAAGAAGAUGACCACUGCGGCAAGCGACGCUGAGCUGAAGGUGAAGGAUCUCAUCAAGCAGCUCAACUCCAAGGCCAGGACCGGCGGAUGGGUCGACCGGCUGAACGAAUGGACGUUCGGCGACAGAACUGCCCCGGCUGAUCCCGAGGAUAAGGCUUUCCGGAGGGACUUUGCCGACCAGCUUUCGAACACCAUCCCUCGAACAGACCGUGAGUUUUGGGCGGAUAGUGUCGCUACAUCUUGGCAGGAGCUGUUCGAGGGGUGGAAGAAAGUCAAAUGGGAGUGA